GAUUCCAACUUAUCUGUGCACACAGACAACCCGGACCUCACCCCCUGCUUCCAGAACUCCCUGCUGGCCUGGGUCCCCUGUAUCUACCUGUGGGCCGCCCUGCCCUGCUACCUGUUCUAUCUGCGGAACCACCAUCAUGGCUACAUCAUCCUCUCCCACUUGUCCAGGCUCAAGACGGCCCUGGGCGUCCUGCUGUGGUGUGUUUCCUGGGCAGAUCUUUUCUACUCCUUCCAUGGCCUGGUCCACGGCUGGCCCCCUACUCCCAUCUUCUUUGUCACCCCCCUGGUGGUGGGGAUCACCAUGCUGCUGGCUACCCUGCUGAUCCAGUACGAGCGGCUGCGAGGGGUGCGGUCCUCGGGGGUCCUCAUCAUCUUCUGGUUCCUGUGUGUGAUCUGUGCCAUCAUCCCCUUCCGCUCCAAGAUCCUUUCAGCCAAGGCAGAGGGCCAGAUCUCAGACCCCUUCCGCUUCACCACCUUCUACAUUUUCUUUGCCCUGGUGCUCUCGGCCCUCAUCCUGUCCUGCUUCCGGGAGAAGCCGCCGUUUUUCUCCCCCAAGAAUGUUGACAAUAACCCCUGCCCAGAGGCCAGCGCCGGCUUCCUCUCCCGCCUGUCUUUCUGGUGGUUCACAAAGAUGGUCAUCCAUGGCUACCGGCAUCCCCUGGAGGAGAAGGACCUCUGGUCCCUGAACGAGGAGGACACCUCCCAGUCGGUGGUGCAGCAGCUACUCAAGGCGUGGAAGAAGCAGCAAAGGCAGGCAGUGCAACACAAGGCCACAGUGGAAUUUGGGAAGAAAGUCUCCGGUGAGGACGAAGUGCUACUGGGGGGCCGGCGCAAGCCCCGGGAGCCCUCCUUCCUGCGGGCCCUGCUGGCCACCUUCGGCCCCGGCCUCCUCCUCAGCAUGUGCUUCAAGCUGAUCCAGGACCUGCUGUCUUUCAUCAACCCACAGCUGCUCAGUGUCCUGAUCAAGUUCAUUUCAAACCCCACAGCCCCCGCCUGGUGGGGCUUCCUGGUGGCUGGGCUGAUGUUCGUGUGCUCCAUAAUGCAGACACUGAUCUUACACCAGUAUUUCCAUGCCAUCUUUGUGAUUGGCCUGAGGUUUCGGACGGGUAUCAUAGGCGUCAUCUACAGGAAGGCGCUGGUCAUCACCAAUUCAGUCAAACGUGCAUCCACUGUGGGAGAAAUUGUCAACCUCAUGGCUGUGGACGCCCAGCGCUUCAUGGACAUUGCCCCCUUCAUCAACCUGUUGUGGUCAGCCCCCCUGCAGAUCAUCCUGGCAAUCUACUUCCUCUGGCAGAAUCUAGGUCCCUCUGUCCUGGCUGGAGUUGCUCUCAUGGUCUUGCUGAUUCCACUCAAUGGAGCUGUGGCCGUAAAGAUGCGUGCAUUCCAGGUGGAGCAGAUGAAGUUGAAGGACUCACGCAUCAAGCUGAUGAGUGAGAUCCUGGGUGGCAUCAAGGUGCUGAAGCUGUAUGCCUGGGAGCCCAGCUUCCUGGAACAGGUGCAGGGCAUCCGGAAGAACGAGCUCCAGCUGCUGCGCAAAUCAGCCUACCUCAACGCCAUAUCCACCUUCAUCUGGAUCUGCACCCCCUUCUUGGUCACCCUGAUCACUCUCGGAGUGUACGUGUGUGUGGACCCGAACAAUGUGCUGGAUGCCGAGAAGGCCUUUGUGUCUCUGUCUCUGUUCAAUAUCUUAAAGAUUCCCCUCAACAUGCUGCCCCAGUUAAUCAGCAUCCUGGCCCAGACCAGUGUGUCUUUGAAACGGAUCCAGCGUUUCCUGAGCCAAGAUGAACUAGACCCCCAGUGUGUGGAAAGAAAGACCAUCUCUCCAGGCUAUGCCAUCACCGUACACAGUGGCACCUUCACCUGGGGCCAGGACCUGCCCCCGACCUUGCACAGUCUGAACAUCGAGAUCCCAAAAGGGGCACUGGUGGCCGUGGUGGGGCCUGUGGGCUGUGGGAAGUCCUCCCUGGUGUCUGCCCUGCUGGGAGAAAUGGAGAAGUUGGAAGGCAAAGUGUAUGUGAAGGGCUCCGUGGCCUACGUGCCCCAGCAAGCAUGGAUACAGAACUGCACUCUUCAGGAAAAUGUGCUGUUUGGCCAAGCCCUGGACUCCAAGCGCUACCAAAAGGCUCUGGAGGCCUGUGCCUUGCUUGCUGACCUGGAGAUGCUGCCUGGUGGGGACCAGACAGAAAUUGGAGAGAAGGGCAUUAACCUGUCCGGGGGCCAGCGGCAGCGGGUCAGCCUGGCCCGAGCUGUUUACAGUGAUGCUGACAUUUUUUUGCUGGAUGACCCACUGUCAGCUGUGGACUCCCACGUGGCCAAGCAUAUCUUUGACCAAGUCAUUGGUCCAGAAGGCGUGCUGGCAGGCAAGACUCGGGUGCUGGUGACACAUGGCAUCAGCUUCCUGCCCCAGACAGACUUCAUCAUAGUGCUAGCUGAUGGACAGGUGUCGGAGAUGGGCUCCUACACAGCCCUGCUGCAACGCAACGGCUCCUUUGCCAACUUCCUCCGCAACUAUGUACCCGAUGAGGACCAGGAGCACCAGGAGGAGGACGGUGUGGAGGAUGAGGAGGUGCUGCUGAUCGAGGACACACUUAGCAACCACACAGACCUGACGGAUAACGAGCCAGUCAUGUACGAGGUCCAGAAGCAAUUUAUGAGACAGAUGAGUGCCAUGUCCUCAGAAGGGGAGGGCCAAGGUCGGCCUGUGUCCCGGAAACACUUGGGCCCAUCGGAGAAGGUGGUGCCAGUGACAGAGGCGAAGGCGAGUGGGGCGCUGAUUGAGGAGGAGAAGGCGGAGAUCGGCACCGUGAAGCUGAGUGUGUACUGGGAUUAUGCCAAGGCUGCGGGGCUCUGUACCUCGCUAGCCAUCUGUCUCCUGUAUACGGGUCAAAGUGCAGCCUCCAUCGGGUCCAACGUAUGGCUCAGCGACUGGACCAAUGAUGCCAUGGUGGACGGUGGACAAAACAACACCUCCCUGAGGCUGGGCGUCUAUGCUGCCUUGGGGAUUCUGCAAGGGCUCCUGGUGAUGCUGUCGGCCAUGAUGAUGGCAGUGGGUACCAUCCAGGCUGCCCGCUUGCUGCACGAGGCCCUGCUGCAUAACAAGAUGCGCUCGCCACAGUCCUUUUUCGACACGACGCCCUCAGGCCGCAUCCUCAACCGCUUCUCCAAGGACAUCUUCGUCAUCGAUGAGAUUCUGGCCCCCACCAUCCUCAUGCUGCUCAAUUCCUUCUACACCUCCAUGUCCACUGUCGUGGUCAUCAUGGUCAGCACGCCACUUUUUGCCGUGGUCAUCGUACCUCUGGCUGUGCUCUACACCUUUGUGCAGCGCUUCUAUGUGGCCACAUCACGGCAGCUGAAGCGGCUGGAAUCGGUCAGCCGCUCGCCCAUCUACUCCCACUUUUCGGAGACAGUGACUGGCACUGGCGUCAUCCGGGCCUAUGGCCGCAGCCAGGACUUUGAGGUCAUCAACAAUAGGAAGGUGGACACCAACCAGAGGAGCUGCUACCCCUACAUUGCCUCCAACCGGUGGCUGGGCAUCCGAGUGGAGUUUGUGGGGAACUGUGUUGUGCUCUUUGCUGCACUAUUUGCCGUGAUUGGGAGAAGCAGUCUGAGUCCUGGGCUGGUGGGCCUUUCUGUGUCCUAUGCCCUACAGGUGACAAUGUCUCUGAACUGGAUGAUACGAACAAUGUCAGACUUGGAGUCUAAUAUUGUGGCUGUGGAGAGAGUCAAGGAGUACUCCAAGACAGAGACUGAGGCCCCCUGGGUGGUACAGGACAGCCGGCCUCCCAAGGGCUGGCCCACACGUGGAGAGGUGGAGUUCCGGAAUUACUCUGUGCGCUACCGGCCGGGCCUGGAGCUGGUGCUGAGAGACCUGAGUCUGCAUGUGCACGGUGGUGAGAAGGUGGGGAUCGUGGGCCGCACUGGAGCGGGCAAGUCGUCCAUGACCCUCUGCCUGUUCCGCAUCCUGGAGGCGGCAGAGGGGGAAAUCCUCAUUGACGGCCUUAACGUGGCAGACAUUGGCCUCCAUGACCUGCGUUCUCAGCUGACCAUCAUCCCCCAGGACCCCAUCCUGUUCUCGGGGACCCUUCGUAUGAACCUGGACCCCUCCGGCCGCUACUCGGAGGAGGACAUCUGGCAGGCCUUGGAGCUGUCCCACCUGCACACGUUUGUGAGCUCUCAGCCCGCAGGGCUGGACUUCCAGUGCUCUGAGGGCGGGGAGAAUCUCAGCGUUGGCCAGAGGCAGCUGGUGUGCCUGGCCCGAGCCCUGCUCCGCAAGAGCCGCAUCCUGGUUUUAGACGAGGCCACGGCCGCCAUUGACCUGGAGACUGAUGACCUCAUCCAGGCUACCAUCCGCAUGCAGUUUGAUACCUGCACAGUGCUGACCAUCGCGCACAGGCUUAACACUAUCAUGGACUACACCAGGGUCCUGGUGUUGGACAAAGGGGCAGUAGCUGAAUUUGAUUCUCCAACCAAUCUCAUUGCAGCUAGAGGCAUCUUCUACGGGAUGGCCAGAGAUGCUGGACUUGCCUAAAAUAUAGUCCUGGGAUUUCCUCCUGGCCUCUCCUGGUGAAAACCAGGAAGGGAAAUGUUACCAAAUGUGUCCACAGAAUGGACUUGAUGGCAAAUGCUAGGGGCAUUUGUUAGAUUUCACCUCUAUAAAGUACCUCACAGAACAACCGUGCUAAAUACUUCAGAUGAGAAGUGAGGCCCAGGAGGUGAAUGACAUGCCCAGGGUAGCAGCUAGUUUGAGGCAGAGCCCAGACUAGUACCUGGGUUUCAAGAUUCCCAAACUAGUGUUAUUUUCACACUGCACUGCUUUUAAACAACCAUUUCAUGGAAUGACCUCCCUCCCCCUGUGAUUUUUGAUAUUUUCUAAAGUAUUUUUUGUAAUGAAACUAUUUCCUCCCAGAACAGAAGACUGCCAGGUCAGGCUGGCCCUAGCAACUGAGCCCUGUACUCUACGGUACUGCUCGAAUCCAUUAAAAAUGGAGUACUGAUGAAAUAAAGCUGUGUGGUCAACAAUGUA